AUGGAAGGUUAUCAAGAAGAGGAAGUCGAGACCGGAGUAGCGGUUGCUGAUAUGUUUGAGACGAGAACUACAGAAACGGAAAAUUUAAGUGAAAGUGCUGAGAAUAAUGUCGAAGCUUUGCAGAGUGAAAAGUUAUUACAAACCACAAAGCUCAGAGUAAACGAGACAGAUCUUUACGAAAUAACUGGAGAAACCUAUGAAGUAAUCAGACGAAUUGGUGGUGAAAAUGGAACUUUAGACGGAAAUACAGAAGAGCCUCAGUUGAUACGGCAAUCGGCGGUUUCUUCAGUGGACUAUGAGUUUUCCACCUUUGUAGACGGAAAGCUAGUGCGAUUCCACCUUGAUGCAUACCAGAGUAUUGUUGUUGAUAAUGGCAAACAUGCUCCGUAUUUAUUGUUAAAUCCUUCGGCUGUAGCGAAGAUGAACUCCGUAUUAAAAUCUGACGACGGACAGCCAUUGGCUCAAGAGACCGAAGUGAUUCUCACCAACGAUGCAAACUCUGACUAUCUUCUUUCCGAAGAUGUGGCCAUCAACAAUUUCAGACAGGGCCACAAUAUUGUUGUUGUCGGCGAGGAUGAAGUAGAAAAGAAUGGGAAUCGUAUUGAAGCUGACGAAGUAAGACCGAAUGCUGUUGAUGCCAAUGUAUUAGCUAACAUCAAUGCAGCUAUUAAUGCAGCUAUCCUUGAAAAUGCACACUUUAAUAAUGCUAAUGCUAAUGGUGAUGCGAAUAUAGAUGCCAAUGUAGAUGCUGAGGCAGCUGCAAGACCGGCCAGAGUCGUAUUUAUAGAUCUUUUGAAACGGUUAUGGAAUACUGGUCGAAGGGUGGUUUCAUUUCUAGCAAAAGUCAUAUUUGUGAUGAGAAUCCUUGGAAUUGGUAUUCCUGAAAUUAUUGUUAAUCAUUGGUUGAAGAUUAUGGUGUGGGUAUUUUUGUUACUGAAUGUGUAUGUCUUGUUUUUUGGUGGUGAUAGAGUUGCCACAAGAAUCCAGAACCCUGCGCAAGGAAAUGAUGAAGAGGGAGCUCACAGGAACUGGCACGAACGGGUACGCUUGACCGCCACUGGAAUAGCUCGCAAUACGCGAACUGCAGCAAACAGAGUGGUAGAGUCCAUCAGAGACGAACUUAUUCACACUGCUCUUAGACGUGGACGUGAUUAUGAUCUCAUUCUUGGUGGGUACAAUAACUUCUAUUUCAACUUCGAGAAUAUAUGGAAGGAUUUGCUACUUGGAUUUUUGUCGAUAUUUCCAUCUGUGCAAUUUCGGAUCGAAACAGUUUUGUCGGAGACGAAACCCAACGAAGUUGAGGAAUUGACCCAUAAGGUGAAGAACAUGGUUGAAUUGGUGGAUACAUUGGCUAUUUCGUAUUCUGAACGGUUUGUACCUGUUAUUGUUAAUUCAAUUACAAAAGAGGACAUAGAUAAUGCUCUUGAGGCAGUCGCAAAUAUGCCUGCUGAACCUGAGGGUGAACCGUUGAACGAAGAGCAACAAUUGGAAGAAGAGCAACAAUUGGAAGGUGAUCAAGGGCUAGAAGAACAAGAAAAUGAAGCACGGAUGUCACUGGUUGAAAUCAAUGAAAGACAAUUCAAUAUGCUUAUAGACUACUACAAAAGACUACAGGAGGUGUACGUGAAGCUUAACUGGUCAUUUGUGAACAAUCAGCCUCUCGAAGGAGGACGCAGACGGGGAGAACCUGCAGAGCCAACGAAUGAGGUAGAAGUGGAAGUCGAAGUUGAAGAAGAAGAAAGCGAAAGUGAAGAGGAAAUAGAAAUUGAAGAUGAAAUAGAAGAGCUUCCACCUCACCAAGAUCAAUUUGCAACGGGUGCAAAUGUCAAUUUGGAAUAA